UGCACCCAGUGAGGUGGCAGAUUCCUGUUCAAAUCCUGUCUCCUCAUCAGGCAGAAGGGGAACUUAAACCAGGAGUCUCCCACAUUCCAGGUACCUUUGACUUGGAUUGAAGUGCAGCUAUGGAAAAAUGGAGCUUAAUGACAAUUACUGUCUUACUAGGACUUAUUGUACGGUGGACGGUAUCAUUUGGUUCUUAUUCAGGUGCAGGAAAACCACCUAUGUAUGGAGACUAUGAAGCUCAGAGGCAUUGGCAAGAAGUUACUUACAAUCUACCCAUCAAGCAAUGGUACUUCAAUACCAGUGACAAUAAUCUGCAAUACUGGGGCCUUGAUUAUCCACCCCUUACUGCUUAUCACAGUCUCUUGUGUGCUUAUGUUGCAAAGUUAAUAAAUCCCGAUUGGAUUGCUCUCCACACAUCCCGUGGGUAUGAGAGUCAGCCACAUAAGUUAUUCAUGCGUGCAACAGUUCUGAUUGCUGAUUUGCUGGUUUACAUACCUGCAGUUAUCUUGUAUUGUUGUUAUUUAAAAGAAACAUCAACUAAGAAAAAGAUUGCCAGUGCUCUCUGUAUAUUGCUUUAUCCAGGUCUCAUUCUCAUUGACUAUGGACAUUUUCAAUAUAACUCUGUGAGUCUGGGCUUUGCUUUGUGGGGUGUACUUUUUCUCUCUUACGAUUGGGACCUUUUAGGAUCACUGGCAUUUUGCUUGGCCAUAAAUUAUAAACAAAUGGAACUCUACCAUUCACUGCCAUUCUUUUGCUACCUACUUGGAAAGUGCUUCCAAAAAGGCCUUACAGGAAAGGGGUUAGUGUUGUUAAUUAAAAUAGCAUUUACGGUGGUUGCUUCUUUUGCGAUUUGCUGGCUCCCAUUCUGCACAGAAGUGGAACAAAUCCUGCAAGUACUCAGAAGACUCUUUCCCAUUGAUCGAGGCUUGUUUGAGGAUAAAGUAGCCAAUAUCUGGUGUAGUCUAAGUGUUCUUAUAAAGAUAAAGAAUGUGAUGUCACCUCAAACCCAGCUUAAACUCAGCUUUGCUUUUACAUUUCUGACCCUACUUCCGGCUUGUAUAAAACUAACCCUUCAGCCAUCACUCCGACGAUUUAAAUUUGCUCUGGUUAGUUGUGCAUUGUCAUUCUUCCUGUUCUCCUUCCAAGUACAUGAAAAAUCCAUUCUUCUAGUAUCAAUACCAGUCUGCUUAAUGAUAAAUGAAAUUCCUUUGAUGUGUACAUGGUUUUUACUUGUGUCAACCUUCAGCUUGCUGCCUCUUCUGUUGAAGGAUGGCCUGCUUCUUGCCUAUGUGGUGACAACACUGGCGUUUCUGACAGUAUGUGCGACUUCUUUUUCAAUAUUUGAAAAGACUUCAGAAGAGGACCUGCAGCUGAAGUCACUCUCCCUUUCUAUUAGGGGAUACAUUCCUUCAUUUAAGGCAUUCCCAAAGAUUAUUAAGAGUCUGUUUAUUGUCUCAGUAACUCUGAUGGGCAUCCUCACUUUAAUGAGUGCCACACUGACUCCUCCACAGAAGCUACCAGAUUUAUUUCCUGUAUCUGUGUCUGUUGUUUCCUGCUUACACUUCUUAUUCUUUUUGACGUAUUUUAAUGCUAUUGUACUGUGGGACUCAAGAAACGGUAGAAAUCAGAAGAAAAUCAAUUAGUUAAAUUCUAACCUGUGAAAACUCAAGACUAAACUGGAAAGAGAAUAUUUUCAGUGAAAAUAUCAGUUACAAUAGGCAGCUUUAAAUCACUGUCUUAUUUAGUAUAUUUCCCAUGAGCUAAUGAAAACUAGGAAACAAAUUGUUUUACAUUUAAACACAAAGACUAAGUUAAUGACUUUUAUUUUGAGGAAGAGUAGCUAUCACCAAACAGUGUUUGAAAUUUAACUCAACUUGUUAUAUUCUCAAGAACUUUAAUACUUCUGAUAUGGUUUUCCAAUAUGAAAAGGCUAUUUGUAAACUGUAAAUGAUUAAAUACAGGAAGUCUUGACCCUUAACUAGCAGUGCCAGGUUAAUUUAGCAAAGCCACAAAUAUAAUUUGCUACUGUCAAGUCAUACAUUUCCCAGCAUGAAAUGUGGAAGAGAUACAAAUAUGGGUUAAACAAUAACUCUUGGCUGUUGCUUCUAAGUGGUACCUCUUGCUGGCCCCUUUUGAUUACAUAAAUUAAACUGCCUUGCACACUAUUUCACUGCCACAAUGCUUUCAUAUGAUGUGCUUAAAAUCAUCAAGGCCACUGCACUGAUAUCCAUGAUUCACUAUCAUAGCUCAUGGUAACAUGACCAUCCUACUCUGGCAAUAACCCCUUUACCAGCUGAAGUCCAUUUUUAUUCUAACAAGAGUUUCAGGGUGCUGUGGUUGCUGCUAUUGUUUUUCCUACAUAUCUUUUUUUCAUAGGGGUAAUAUAACUUACAAACGACACAUCUCUGUAGAUAAUUGUCAAUUUUUAAAUUAAAAUCUGGUUAAACUGCAUUUUCUUCUCUAGAAUGUUCAGAGUAUUCUGUAGGCCAAAGUCCUGUUUCAUCAGCCACAAGCGGAACUGUAGGUUUUUGCUAAAAUGAAUAUUAAAACGACUAAUGGGCAUAGUAGUCCUUGCAUUAUUUAUGCUGUCCCAACACUCUGGGUCACAGAACUUGGUACUGAAAAAUGUAGAAGUUGAUGGUAGUGGGGGAGAGAACUGGAGUUUUGGACAGCUGGCUAUGGGAGAGUUGAUGCUUCUUGCACAUGGGAGAGAGACUCUCUCUCUACCUCUCCCUUAUGGACUGGGCAGAUGUGACUUCUUGUUCCUAGUAGUUGCUACCUCACUUACUUCCCUAUGAAUUGCAUCAAGCAAUACCGGAUAAUCACAUUUACAGAAAAUCUAUUACAAUGUUUAACAGCGAAAGCUAAUUUUGACAUGUAUUCUGUUAACAUUAGGCUUCAGAUUUAAUACCCUACUGAGAUGAACUGAGCCAGUCCAUACUUCUCAGUUACUGUUACAGACUGUCAGCAGAUGCAGGAAGACACCACUGCCUAAGUUUCCACUGUUCACCUUUAGCUCAGUUCCUGUUCAAGUGCUUAAUGUUUCUAGGAUUUUAUUGCAUUAAUGUUGUGUUAAGGCACCAAGAGCCUUGGGUAAGUGUCUUUUAAAUUAGUAUUUAAAAAAUAAAAAGGUUUCGUAUAACCACAAUAACUGAAUUUGACUAAAAUGGAAGCUGAGCUGCUACAACCUACUUCUGAAACAAGGAGCGAGUGGAUUCUCUGCACAUUGAUGUGGAAUAACUUCCAGACUGAGAUACUGGUUUGUUAUCUUUCUUAUCUGAAUGGCACUCUGCACAGUAUAUUAGCAGCUCAGAGAAUACAAACUAAUUAUACAGCACAAAAGCAGAAAUCAUAAGAACCAGUAUAAAAGGGCUGAAUGGGGGAAAGAGAGCCCUUGAGCUGGUAUCAUUGGAGAUAGGUACAGCCUAAAAGCUGAAAUCAGAUUGGGCAAACAUGAAAGGAUGAACCAUCCUUGUUUAAGGGCAUUCCCAUAUUAACCUGAUUACUCUGAGCAAAAUACCAAAGUGUCAUUGACAUUAAAAUAUUCUAGAGCUGUCUCUGGUGUGUAGCAUAAGACAUGAGUGUAUGUAGCAG